AUGGGAACUACUACUACUACUACUACUACUACUACUACUACUACUACUACUACUACUACUACUACUACUACUACUACUACUACUACUACUACUACUACUACUACUACUACGACUACAACUACGACUACGACUACGAUUACAACUACGACUACGACUACGACUACGACUACUACUACGACUACGACUACGACUACGACUACGACUACGACUACGACUACGACUACGACUACGACUACGACUACGACUACGACUACGACUACGACUACGACUACGACUACGACUACGACUAGUAAUAAUAAUAAUAAUAAUAAUAAUAAACUUUGAUUAUUUUACUUUGUAAGAAAACUUGUGCCAACAGUACACCGAAAAUCAAAUCCAGAUCGUUAGCGUGUUUACUUUUCUAUUUUUUCUUUUUUUGUUGAUAAUUUAACUUGAUGUGGAUCCUUCCAUUUUUUCUUGUUAUAAUCUCGUUUAUAAAAUUUUAAGAAUUGAGGAAGAGGAGACAAUCCGCUUAUGAUGCACAUAUGCCAAUAAGACACAGGAAGGAUUCAAACAACUAAUACAAAAUUUUCAUCGGAAAACACAGUACUUUUUAAGUUGGGA